AUGAGUUUAGAAAAUGACGAUAAGAGAGCACGCACGCGAUCGAAAAGGCGACGUGCUCCGAUAGAGAGCACAGGGUGUCACCUCAGCUGUCCAACCCCAGGCUGUAACGGCUCAGGACACAUCCGUGGAAAGUAUGCAAGGCACAGAAGUUUACAAAGCUGCCCUCUAGCAAAGAAGAGGAAACUUCAGGAUGCGGAGGCCGAACAUCUGGUGUCGAAGAGAAAAUCCCAUCCGCUCAAGCUGGCCUUGGAUGAAGGCUACAACGUCGACAGCGACGGCAGCGAGGAGGCUGAGGCAAAGGAGGAGUCCGGCUCUGACGAGUCGGAGGGGACGCUGGAGGAGGACGAGGCGGAGGCGGUGGAGCAGGAGGAGACCCGCAGCCCCGAGCCAGCAGAAGGUAGAAGCCCAGCAAAAUCAGCCCAUUAUGGACAAAACACGGCAACAAGUACGUCUGGGCCCAGCAAGGCCAACUAUAGCAGCUAUCAAGAAAUAAUCGCCAACUCUCUCCUAAACCUAGGCCAAAUAGCGGAGGAAACCCUCGCCAUCGAAGGGCAGCUGCCUGAAGCUGAGCUGCAGGGCUCCAAGCCGCCAUCCAAUGUUGUGCACCUGGUCCACGAGGAUACGGGAGAGGAGGUGGUGGAGGAGGAGGAGUGCGACAAGGAGAUCAUCAUCCAGACGGAGGAUGCGGAGGAGGUCAUCGAGGUCACCAGCGAACGCAGCAGCGAGGCGUGUCCGGAGCACCGGGACGAUGCGAACUGCGAGGAGUCCUGCAAACUGCAAAAGGCUGAAGCAGAAGAAGAGGAUGACGAGGAUGAUGAGGAGGAUGAAGAUGAGGAAGAGGAGGAGGAGGAGGAGGAAGAAGAGGAGGAGGAAGAAGAGGAAGAAGAGGAGGAGGAUGAAGAGGAGGAGGAGAUGGCUCCUGAAGUGAUCUGCGAAGAAGCUCCUCACACUUCUCAGGACACCCAGAAAAGCCACUGUGAAGGGCAGUUCAGCCCGAAGCCCGAGUACUCGGUCAUUGUGGAGGUCCGGUCGGAUGACGACAAAGAUGACGAUGCCCGCUCCCAGAAAUCGGCGGUGACCGACGAGUCAGAGAUGUACGACAUGAUGACAAGGGGGAACCUGGGGCUGCUGGAACAAGCCAUCGCGCUGAAGGCUGAGCAGGUGAAAAUUGUGCGGGAGCCCAGCCGGCUGCCGGGAGAGCAUGUAAAGCACUUCCAGGUGGACGAGAAACAGAGCAAACCGCUGGACAGCAUUCGAAAGAGCUAUUACGGCAAAGAUCCCUCAAGACCCGAGAAGCGAGAAAUCAAAUGUCCGACUCCUGGCUGCGAUGGGACCGGCCACGUCACGGGACUCUACCCUCACCAUCGCAGCCUCUCUGGUUGUCCGCACAAAGACAGGAUCCCUCCUGAGAUCUUGGCGAUGCACGAGAACGUGUUGAAAUGCCCCACGCCAGGCUGCACAGGACAGGGUCACGUCAACAGCAACCGCAACACGCACAGGAGUUUAUCUGGGUGCCCCAUUGCUGCUGCUGAAAAAUUAGCCAAAUCGCAUGAAAAGCAACAAACCCAGUCUGGUGAUCCUUCAAAGACCAGCUCCAAUUCUGACCGGAUACUCAGGCCUAUGUGCUUUGUGAAGCAACUGGAGAUCCCUCAGUACGGAAGCUACCGGCCCAACAUGGUCCCAGCAACCCCACGGGCCAACCUGGCCAAGGAGCUGGAGAAGUACUCCAAGGUCACCUUCGAUUAUGCAAGUUUUGAUGCUCAGGUUUUUGGCAAACGCAUGCUUGCCCCAAAGAUUCAGACUAGCGAAACCUCACCUAAAGCCUUUAAAUGCUUCGACUACUCCCACGACGCCGAGGCUGCGCACAUGGCUGCCACUGCCAUCCUCAACCUCUCCACCCGCUGCUGGGAAAUGCCGGAGAAUCUCAGCACGAAGCAACAAGAGGCCCCCGGCAAGUCCAUGGACAUUGAGGUGGACGAAAAUGGGACUCUGGACUUGAGUAUGAACAAGCACCGCAAACGGGAGAGCACCUUUCCCAGCAGCAGCAGCUGCAGCAGUAGUCCCAGCAUGAAGUCCCCAGAUGUGUCCCAGCGCCAAAACAGCACCAGUGCCACGAGCAGCACCAUGACCUCCCCCCAGUCCAGCCAGACCUCCCGCCAGGAUGAAUGGGAUGGGCCCAUUGACUACACUAAACCAAACCGUCAGCGGGAAGAGGAGCCAGAAGAGUCAGAGCCUGCCGCCCACUCCUUUGCCUCCUCGGAAGCUGAUGAGCAAGAAGUGUCGGAGGAAAACUUUGAAGAGCGAAAAUACCCAGGGGAAGUUACUUUAACCAACUUCAAGCUUAAAUUCCUCUCUAAGGACAUCAAGAAAGAGCUGCUCACUUGCCCAACCCCAGGCUGUGACGGCAGCGGACACAUAACGGGAAACUAUGCCUCUCACCGCAGCCUUUCUGGUUGUCCUCUUGCUGACAAGAGCCUCAGAAACCUCAUGGCUGCCCACUCUGCUGACCUCAAGUGCCCUACUCCUGGUUGUGAUGGCUCUGGUCACAUAACAGGAAAUUAUGCAUCGCAUAGAAGUCUGUCAGGCUGCCCUCGUGCCAAGAAAAGUGGGAUCAAGAUCACCCCGACAAAGGAUGAUAAAGAAGAUCCAGAGCUGAUGAAGUGUCCGGUUCCUGGCUGCGUUGGGCUUGGACACAUCAGCGGCAAAUACGCCUCUCACCGGAGCGCAUCAGGGUGCCCUCUCGCAGCCCGCAGGCAGAAGGAAGGAUCGCUCAACGGCUCCUCGUUUUCCUGGAAGUCGUUGAAGAACGAAGGCCCAACCUGCCCUACCCCGGGCUGCGAUGGCUCUGGCCACGCCAACGGGAGCUUCCUCACUCACAGAAGUUUGUCAGGGUGUCCAAGGGCUACUUUUGCUGGGAAGAAAGGAAAACUCUCAGGGGAUGAAAUUCUCAACACAAAGUUCAAGACCAGCGAUGUUCUGGAAAACGAUGAAGAGAUCAAGCAGCUGAACAAGGAGAUCAGUGAGCUGAACGAGUCCAACUCGGAGAUGGAAGCAGCCAUGGUGAAACUGCAGUCGCAGAUCUCCACCAUGGAGAAGAACCUGAAGAACAUUGAGGAGGAAAACAAAAUCAUAGAGGAGCAAAACGAAGCCCUGUUCCUGGAGCUCUCAGGGUUGAGCCAGGCUCUAAUCCAAAGUCUUGCCAAUAUCCGCCUUCCGCACAUGGAGCCAAUUAGUGAGCAGAACUUCGAUGCGUACGUGAACACGCUGACCGACAUGUACACCAACCAGGAGUGUUACCAGAACCCAGAGAACAAGGACCUGCUGGAGAGCAUCAAGCAAGCCGUCAAGGGCAUCCAGGUUUAG